GGCGAAUCGGAAUGUUCGGUGAGCAGAACUACAGUGGGCCUGGCUCUCAUGUUUGGUUGAAAUGAUUUCUCUGCGAUUUGGACUGAGACCGUUGCUACUGUGAUAAAGGGACAUCUGGAUGGAUACAGGGCUACCCUGCCACACCUUUCUUCGUCAAGCAAAAGUGUUUUACUUCUCAGCUGGAUACAAUUAUAAGAACAAACGGACCGUACUUUGGAAUACUUUUACCAACAUUUUUAUUUGAAGCCAACUUGAAUGGCAUGGGUUUUGAGGAAACCUAACUCUGGUAUUUUUGAAAGUGUUCACAAGAGUGGUGGAGUUUACUUUUGAGGAGUCUUCUGAAGUCUGUACAGGAACUAAAUCUCAAAAUGGAUCAAGCAAGUGGUGGAGAGGAUCCUAAUAAACCUAAUAAAAAGAAAGAAAAAGAGGAUGAAAGUAAAAACAAAAAACUGAACAUACACAUAAAAACAUUGGCUGACGACAUGCGUGACCGGAUCACCAGUUUCCGGAAGACUGGGAAUAAGAAGGACAAGCCCCUGAUCCAGCACUCCACAGACCCCAUGUCCAUUCAGGUAGAGAUGCCCAUGCCCCAGCCUCUCUUCGACGACCGCUCCAUGAACCUCUCCGAGAAGGAGAUCAACGCCCUCUUUGAGAAGAUGAUGGAGGACAUGAACCUGAAUGAGGAGCGUAAAGCCCCCCUGCGUGGGAAGGACCUGAGCACCAAGCGAGAGAUGGUUGUCCAGUACAUCUCCACCACCGCCAAAUCUAUCACUGGGAGCAAAGUCACGGGAGGACUGAGGAACAGCAAGCAUGAGUGUACAUUGUCGUCACAGGAGUAUGUCCACGAGCUGCGUUCCGGCAUCACUGAGGACAAGCUGCUCAUCUGCCUGGAGUCCCUUCGCGUCUCUCUCACCAGUAACCCUGUCAGCUGGGUGAACAACUUUGGCCAUGAAGGACUGGGCCUCCUCUUGGAUGCAUUGGAUAAGUUGCUGGAUAAGAAACAGCAAGAAAGUAUUGACAAAAGAAACCAGCACAAGCUGAUCCAAUGUCUCAAGGCCUUCAUGAACAAUAAGUAUGGACUACAAAGGAUUCUGGAAGAUGAGCGGAGCUUGCUGCUCCUGGCCAGGGCCAUUGACCCCAAACAGACCAGUAUGAUGACUGAGAUCGUCAAGAUCCUCUCUGCUAUCUGUAUCAUUGGAGAGGAAAACAUCCUGGAUAAGAUUCUGGCUGCCAUGACAAUUGCAGCAGAGAGGAAUAACAAGGAGAGAUUUGCGCCGAUAGUGGAGGGACUGGAGAAUCACGAAGCCCAACAGCUCCAGGUGGCCUGCAUGCAGCUGAUCAACGCCCUGGUCACCUCUCCGGACGAUCUGGACUUCAGGAUACAUCUGCGCAAUGAGUUCCUCCGCUGUGGCCUCAAAAAGAUCCUACCGGAGAUGAAAGAGACAGAGGAGCUGGACAUCCAACUGAAGGUGUUCAACGAGAACAAGGAGGAGGACUCCAUUGAGCUCUCCCAUCGCCUUGAUGACAUCCGUGCUGAGAUGGAUGAUAUGGGUGAGGUGUACCAUCUCCUGUCCAACAUGGUGAAAGACACUGGAUCGGAGACCUACUUCCUGUCCAUCCUACAGCACCUCCUUCUCAUCAGGAAUGACUACUACAUCAGGCCCCAGUACUACAAGGUGAUAGAGGAAUGUGUCUCACAGGUGGUCCUCCAUCGCAGUGGGAUGGACCCAGACUUUGGAUACAGGGAGAGAUUGGAUGUAGACUUCACCCACCUCAUCGAUCAGUGUGUGGAUAAAGCCAAAGUGGAUGAGAGCGAUCUGAAGGCUGCUGAGUUCUCCAAGAAGUUCGAUGAGGAGUUCAGCGCUCGGCAGGAUGCCCAGGCCGAGUCCCAGAAGAAGGAGGAGAAAAUCAAAGAGCUGGAAGGGCAGAUCUGCAACCUGAAGACCCAGUUAACUAGCGAGACAAACAAGCUUAAAGAGGCUCAGAAACUCAUCAGUGAAGCUGUGAGCAAGAUCACGGCCGGACCAACGGCGGCUGGGACAGGAGUCCCACCUUCACCUCUGCCGGGGGGGUUGGCACCUCCCCCUCCCCCGCCUCCGCCCCCACCAGGCGGCUGCCCUCCCCCUCCUCCCCCACCUCCGCCUCCUCCUGGCAUGGCCAGCAUGCCCCCUCCACCCACCCCGCCACCUCCAGGAGGAGGGCCACCCCCCUCCCCUGGAUGUGGACCCCCACCUCCUCCGCCCAUCCCCGGGGCGCCGGGCAUCCCUCCGCCUCCUAUGAUGGCCAUGCCUGUCAUCAAGCUGCCUUAUGGACUGGAGGCCAAGAAGACCUACAAGCCUGAGGCCGUCAUGAAGAGGGUGAACUGGUCCAAGGUAGUACCUCAGGAAAUGGCAGAGAAUUGCUUCUGGAUCAAAGUCAAAGAGGAGAAGUUUGAGAACCAAGACCUCUUUGCCCAGCUCUCCCUCAGCUUCUCCUCCAGGACCAAAGUGAAAAAGGAGGUGGAUGAGACAGACGCCAGGAUGACCCAAUUCAAGAAAAAGGCGAAGGAGCUGCGAAUCUUGGACGGCAAGACGGCACAGAAUUUGUCAAUUUUUCUGGGCUCAUUCCGGCUGCCUUAUGAAGAGAUCCGGGACAUUGUGCUGGAGGUGGACGAGGAGAGGCUGAGCGAAUCACUGAUCCAGAACCUGAUAAAGAACCUACCGGAACAGAAGGAGCUGAGCGCAUUGGCAGAACUUAAGGGCGAGUAUGAGGAACUGUGCGAGCCAGAGCAGUUUGGCAUUGUGAUGAGCUCUGUAAAGCUGCUGCGUUCGCGCCUCAACGGCAUCCUCUUCAAGCUGACCUUCGAGGAGCAGGUGAACAACAUCCGACCGGACAUCAUGAACGUGACGUUCGCCUGUGAGGAGCUGAAGAAGAGUGACAGCUUCAGCAAUCUGCUGGAGAUGGUGCUGCUGGUGGGCAACUACAUGAACGCCGGCUCCCGGAACGCCCAGACCUUCGGCUUCAACAUCAGCUUCCUCUGCAAGCUUCGAGACACUAAGUCGUCCGACCAAAACACAACUCUGCUUCACUUCCUGGCCGAAAAGUGUGAAGAGAAGUACCCGGAGAUCCUGAGGUUCCCUGAAGAGCUGGAACAUGUGGAGAGUGCUAGCAAAGUUUCUGCCGAGAUCCUGAAAAGCAGUCUCAGCACCAUGGAGCGACACAUCCAGAGGCUAGAAAACGACAUUGAGAAUUUCCCCAAGACAGACGACAAAAAAGAUAAGUUUGUGGAAAAAUUGUCCGGCUUCUCCAAGCAUUCGCGGGAGCAAUACGAGAAGCUUUCCACCAUGCACAAGAACAUGCAGAAGCUAUACGAGAGCCUGGGCAGCUACUACGCCUUCGACCCCCACGUCCUCAGCGUCGAAGACUUCUUCGGUGACCUGGCCUCCUUCCGCACCCUCUUUGUGGAGGCGGUGAAAGAGAACCACAAGAAGAGGGAGAUGGAGGAGAAGAUCAAGAGAGCCAGACUGGCCAAGGAGAAAGCAGAGCGCGAGAAGCAGGAGCGCCAGCAAAAGAAGAAGCAGCUGAUUGACAUGAACAAAGAGGGAGGAGAGAAUGAGACAGGUGUGAUGGACAGCUUAAUGGAAGCCCUGCAAUCCGGAGCGGCCUUCCGCGACCGCCGAAAACGAACCCCGCGCAACGGUGAUCAAAGUCCAUCCAGUCCUGCCUCUCGGUGGCCAGGUGCUAACCAUGACAACCGCCGUGCGGUCCUGGAAAGGUCUCGAUCACGCCACAACGCAAACCCCCAGGCUCGAUGAUGGCCCGCGCCUACCAGAAGACGUUAGACAAGUGCCAAAGAGGCCUGCGAGGAGAAUCUGAGGACGUAUAGUAGGAGAGAUGGACCCCAGCCAUGUGGCACACACACACACUUAAACACUCACAGACACAUAAAAAAAACACACCAACACAUGAACACACACAUACACUAUAUAUACAAAAGUAUGUGGACACCCCUUAAAAUUUGUGCAUUUGGUAAUUUCAGCCACACCAGUUGCUGACAGGUGUAUAUAAUCGAGCACACAGUCAUGCAGUCUCCAUAGACAAACAUUGGCAGUAGAAUGGCCCAUUCUAAAGAGCUUAGUGACUUUCAACGUGGCACCGUCAUAGGAUGCCACCUUUCCAACAAGUCAGUUAGUCAAAUUUCUGCCCUGCUAGAGCUGCCUGGUCAACUGUAAGUGCUGUUAUUGUGACAUGGAAAUAUCUAGGAGCAACGACGGCUCAGCCGUGAACUGGUAGGCCACACAAGCUCACAGAACAGGACCUCUGAGUGCUGAUGUCGCAACACUCACUACCGACUUUCAAACUGCCUCUGGAAGCAACGUCAGCACAAUAACUGUUCGUUGGGAGCUUCAUGAAAUGGAUUUCCAUGGCCGAGCAGCCGCACACAAGCCUAAUAUCACCGUGCGCAAUGCCAAGCUUCGGCUGGAGUGGUGUAAAGCUAGCCACCAUUGGACUCUGGGGCAGUGGAAUCACGCUUCAUCAUCUGGCAGUCCAAAGGACGACUCUGGGUUUGGUAGAUGCCAGGAGAUUGCUCCCUGCCCUAAUGCAUAGUGCCAGCUGUAAAGUUUGGUGGAGGAGAAAUAAUGGUCUGGGUCGGUUUUUCAUAGUUCGGGCUAGGCCCCUUAGUUCCAGUGAAGAGAAUCUUAAAGCUACAGUGACAAUGACAUUCUAGACUAUUAUGUGCUUCCAACUUUGUGGCAGUUUGGGGAAGGCCCUUUCCUGUUUCAGCAUUACAGUGCCCCCGUGCACAAAUCACGGUCUAUACAGAAAUGGUUUGUAGAGAUCGAUGUGGAAGAACUUGACUGGCCGGCACAGAGCCCUGACCUCAAUCUCAUCUACCACCUUUGGUAUGAAUGAAUUGGAACGCCGACUGUGAGCCAGGCCUAAUCGCCCAACCUCACGAAUGCUCUUGUGGCUGAAUGGAAGUAAGUCCCCGCAGCAAUGUUCCAAAUUCUUGUGGAACGCCUUCCCAGAAGAGUGGAGGCUGUUAUAGCAGCAAAUGCGGGACCAAACUCCAUACUAAUACCCAUGACUUUGGAAUGAGAUGUUCGACGAGCAAGUGUCCACAUACUUUUGGUCA